UACAUCACAUUCUGUCUCUUUUCCAGCACGAGGGCCCUUGACCUGCAGCUGUGCGUGGUCAUGCGUGAGAUGGAGAGCGCGAGGGCGGAGAAAAACACCGUGCUUACAGAGCUGGAAAACGAGCGCUCUUGCCGCCUGCACCUCAGAUCGAGGUUUGUGCAGCAGCAGUGGCGUCUCAGGGAGGCUCUGGCCCUGCUGCAGUCGUCUCGUGGGGAGAUGACGACUGUUAAGAGCCAGUUAACUCACUUCCUGGAGACCUGGGAUAACAGCAAAGCACCGAUACAGCAGAGUUGCAUCAGUGCUGACGCAGAGCGUGCUCGUCUGAAACAGGAAGUGGAUGGAUUGCAGGCGGAGCUGAAGAGUCUGCAGGUGGAGGUGCCAAAGUUGAGGUCAUACCUGGAUGCAGCAAGAGAACAGAUGCUGCAGUUGGAGAACCAGGUCCAGUCCCAGAAACUACUGCAGAACCAAAACCAAGAAGCCCAGUCUCUCAUACAGGGCCUGAGGGAUGAGGUGAAGACUCUGAAAAUAGGUCUCCAGAAGAGCAUGCAUCAAAAAGAGCAUGUAAAGAAACUCCUGGAGAUAAAGUCUGUGGAGAAAGAGGAUCUGCAAGCGUUGUGGAGCGAACAGACGGCCGCCAUAGAGAGGCUGUCCCAAGACCUGAGGGAGAAGGAGGAGAGCCGGUUGUCAUGUCAACAAAGAUGCGAGUCCAUGCAGGAGCAGCUGUUGGCGUGGCAACAGAAGGAGGAGGAGGUAACCCAGAGACUGGAGCGGGCGGAGGGCGAGAUGAAGGACCUGAGAGUAGCCCGGUCCACUUUACAGCAGGAGAGACUUUCUUUUCACAGGGAGGAGUUGAGAAGAACUCACGUGGGAGAAUUGGAGAGACUGGAGGAGAGCUUCAGAAGGAGGCUGAACGCUGCAGAGGAGCACAGUUCAAAGAUGGAGGUUUUACUCCAGCAGAAACAGGCUGAGCAAGACAAACAGCUGAAACAGCAAGAGAUGGAGUUAAGAAGAGAAGCUGAAAUUGAACUGGACAUCCAAAGACAGAAAAACCAAGAGCUGCAGAACAAAUACCAGAGUGAAAACCAGCAACUACAAAACAAGAUUCCCGCUCUCAUUCAUUCAGCCACACAGGAGCUCCGGGAGGAGUUGGCAGAGCUACAAAAGCGUGUUAAUAAGCAGGAGGAGGAGAUGCAGCAUAUUCGUAAGAGCGCCUCCCAGAGGCAGCAGCAGCUACUGCAGGAGCAGAGGACGGGAGAGGCACAGCUGCAGUCGGCCCUGCAGGAGCUGCAGCAGAAGACGCAGGAGCUGAACCAGGCUCAGAGUCACAUACACAAGCUCAGAGAAGAGAGGGCCGCCCUAGAGGAAGAGAAGUGCUUUCUUGAGGAGACGGUAAGGCGUGAGUGUGAAGAGAGGGAAGAGCUGACAGCAGCGCUGACACUAGCCAAAGAACAACUCAAACACACCACCCAAAAUCCACAGGACACCCACACACACACCCGGCUCUCCAGAUCGACACUUAUGAACUCAGACCUCCCCGUCCCCAGACUCAAUCCCAGCCUUUCCCUUCCUCAGACACGUAACCACGGGACCUCAUCCAGUCAGAGCAGCAGACAGCGUUUGUCUGAGUGGCGUCCUGCUAGUGUGGGAAGAAGUACGGCUUCUUGGCAUGGAUCAUCAAUGCCCGCCCCCACCCUACCCAAAAUCAGCAAAGGUCGAGUUGCAUCAGUGAACAACUUGAGCAAAAGCAUUGUCACGGUGAGAAGCAGACAGGACAAACUCUGAUUCUCCCUAAAAAAAGACCUCUAGAUUGUGUGCUCAGUGGAAACGAGCAUCUAUUAUUAGUGCUGACAAAGUCACAUCGAUUACGAGGUCCAGGGCGUUACCCUGCCGUUGGCCCAAGAUGCGGGAAUAGGCUUCAGCAUCCCUGCGACCCAACAUAGGACAAGCGGCUUGAAGUACGGACGAACGGAUGGAUGGAUGGAUGGAUGGAUGAACAUGGUAAAGGCAUUGUUUCAUAACACCUCUGCCUCCAUCUGCUGGUCUAGUGAAAUCAUUACAGUUACUGUAUGUAAAACUGUAAAACUCUCAGUAUGGCAUUUCGAAUUUAACUUAGUUUAUCUUAAUCAACCUUUGACAUUUUAAUUCCCUAACAGCCUUAGUGUGACAAGAACCGAGAAAAGUAUUUUACUAAGCAUACUUGAACAUACUUAAAUGAAAGUAAACAUAUUUCCAAAUUGUACAAAAUAAUAUUUCAACAUAUUAGCUCACAUGAUAGAUACUCAUCUGUGAAAUUUAAACAACAAAGUUUGUGACUCAGGGAUCCAAAUAAUUUACAAAUGCUCCCAUAUUUUGUGAAAAAUAUGAUCCAUCUUAGGGUGUAUUAGACAUGUAAGAUAUUCCAGUGGUAUCAGUUCCAUUAACACUUUUUGCCAUUCGUUCACAGAAGGGGGUUUAUCAGUGUUCCCAAUGCAAAAGAAAGUUUUUCUGUGCUAAAGUCAUGCUAAAGUCUGCUAAAAUCACAAGGCCUUGGUCUGAAGCGCAUGGCGCAGGUGCACUUAGGGCAUGUCCACUGAAUCAACUUUUGCUAGUAUAAUGAUGGAAAAAACUGCCGCGCCAGGCACAUGGUCCAAAAAGGUUGUACCUAGUCUCUUAAUGCGUCAUGAACAUACAUCAGAGUGUCAUCUCCCAUUUCCUUUAAAAGCCAGGUGUGCUUGCGCCAUGGUGGAUUCGCUAUUUACAUGUAUAGACAAUAUGGACAUCCUCAACCUGAUGAGUCAGUUUUAAAUACGUGUGUAUUUGCACGAUUCCAGCCAAUUCCAUUUGUCAUUACUUCAAAUAGGUAAUUCUGACUAUCCAUUAUGGGCAUUUAUAUAUUAAAGGUGCCCAAGAACGUUCUUUCACAAGAUGUAAUAUAAGUCUAAGGUGUCUCCUGAAUGUGUCUGUGAAGUUUCAGCUCAAAAUACCCCAUAGAUU